AUGGCACCGAUGAUGAAGUCCACCGUGAUGACCAAGAGCGCCCUCACCGCAGCGCUGGCGGAGGCCUGCGAGGUGAAGAGGGGCGUGAUCGGCACGGCCUUGAGCACUCUCGCAAGCAUUGCUUCGACUGAGGCGAAGAAGAACGGCAAGUUCGUCAUCCCGGGAGUUGUGAUGAUCAAGACGCGCCAGAAGAAGGCAACCAAGGCGGGGAAGCGCGAGAUCUUCGGCAAGGUCGUCAUGGUGAAGGCGAAGCCGGCCAAGACCAUCGUGAAGGCCUUCCCCGCGAAGGCCCUCAAGGACGAGUUCUGA